AUGCUGUCAGUUGAAGAGACGUUGGCGCUCGCCACACCUACUCCAGAAGUGAAGGAGUUACUUAUAACCAACCCAUCUCACAUUGGAGGCUGGACGAUGAACACAGAUAUUGACCUGCUGAGAAACAUAACCGCCCAGAUAAGUGCGGCCCAGCGCCUAAGAGGGCCAGAUCCGUCGACUUUGCCAUACAUGGAAGAAGACACUCACAUUUCCACAAGAGAUGGCUCAACUAUUCGUAUCCGCAUUCACAAGCCCAGACAUAAACCUAAAGAUGGCUGCCCUGCGUUGGUGGCGUUCCAUGGCGGUGGUUUCGUUAUUGGGACAGUUGAAAAUUCAACGUCUUUUUGCCGGCUGUUCACCUCCCUCGGCGGCAUAGCGGUUAACGUGGAGUACCGUCUAGCUCCAGAGCAUCCGUUUCCUACUCCGGUCAAUGACUGCUACGACGCGGUGAAAUGGACCGUCGAAAAUGCCAAGAACUUGGGUAUCAACCUAGAGAAGGGCUUCCUCGUCGGCGGCGAGAGCGCGGGCGCUGACCUCGCUCAAGGCGUUGCCUAUCUGUACGGAAAGGAGAAGCUGUCACCGCCGCUGACGGGAGUCUAUUCCUCCGUCUCCUCUGCAGCCAUCGAGGAGACGAUCCCUGAGAAGUUUAGAGAUCGCUUUCUGAGCGUAGAACAGAACUCUUACGCGCCGGUUAUCACGAAAGAGUCGUUGCAGCUGAUUAGAGCAAAAUAUAAGCCUGAUCCGAAAAGCCACCUUGCCUACCCCAUUAUGUCUCCAGAUCUCGGCCGCUACAUGCCGAAGACGUACUUCCAGGCUUGCGGCAUGGAUCCUUUGCGAGACUGCACCCUCAUCAUGAAUGAGGUGUGGAAAGAGGCAGGAAUUACGACCAAAUUGGACAUUUAUCCGGGUCUCCCCCAUGGCUUCUGGUUAAUCUUGCCCAAGGCGGAUGCAAGCCAAAAGUUUCUGGACGAUUGCAAAGCUGGUUUCCAGUGGUUGUUGGGUUUAGACUACGUUAUAGCGGGGGCACUCAACGCGCUCACAAUCGCAAGACGCGACAAAACGGGGCCGCCCUUCCAAUUGACAUCACCGUACAAUUCUUCCCGCCCUUGUCCACCAUCACCACCAUACAGCGCCCGUACUGCGAAAUAUGCCCACCAGUCGACGAUGGCGCCAAAGUCGAAGCCCCCAGAAAAGCAGCAGCAGUCGCUGACGAGCUUCUUUAAACCCAAGACCGUCAAUGGACUUGCUGCCGCUUUUCAAAAGUCCCAAUCCGAGUCCAAGGCGAGCCCGUCCAAGUCGCCGGAGACCCCACGCAAGAGACCCCUAGAGGAGGAUGCGGACAAGGGGAAUAACGGGCCUGAGAAGGCUUCCAAGAGAACAAAAGCGGACACGGACAAAAAUCAAGAUGUUCCCAACGCCGAAAAGAGCUCGUCUUUCUCUGCAGAAGGCAAGCAAACCAAUCGCGAACCCAAGGCAGGCACAGCUGUGUCUGGAAGUAGGACUGGACGCUUCGUGUAUAGCCAGACCUCAGAUGGAAAUAUUGAGGACCUAUUGGAAGACGACCCCGUGACAAAGAGGACCAAGGAGGAGCUUCACAAGAAAUUUGUGAAAAAGCUGGGACAUCCGGAUAGCAUGCUGUGGCGGCGUCGUAGGGAAGAUGAUAAUGAAGCUGGCGAUGGAGACGACGGCGCCGGCGAGGAUGAUGAAGAAGACGAAGCGCCACCGCCAACCAAAGCAAAAAAGGGAGGGGCGCGGGCAAGCAAAAAGCUCACGCCAAUGGAGAUACAGUUUCUGGACAUUAAACGCAAGCACCUCGACACUGUCCUCAUCGUCGAGGUCGGAUACAAAUUCCGCUUCUUUGGCGAAGAUGCCCGCAUUGCAGCCAAGGAGCUAAGUAUUGUCUGUAUCCCAGGUAAGUAUCGCUACGACGAGCACCCGUCGGAGGCGCACUGGGAUCGUUUUGCUUCAGCGAGCAUUCCUGUUCACAGGUUGUCGGUUCACGCCAAGCGCCUUGUUGCUGCUGGCCACAAAGUUGGAGUCGUCCGCCAAAUUGAGACUGCUGCCCUGAAGAAGGCCGGUGACAACCGCAACACGCCGUUCAUCCGGAAGUUGACCAACGUGUAUACCAAGGGCACGUACAUUGAUGAGAAUGGCGAACUAGACAACUCGGGCGAAAGCGGAGCUCCAUCAGGAGGAUAUCUGCUUUGCAUUACUGAAAACCCGACAAAGGGGCAAGGCACGGAUGAGAAGGUUGAAGUUGGCAUAGUAGCCGUACAGCCGGCGACUGGGGACAUCAUCUACGACACGUUUGAGGACGGCUUCAUGAGGAGCGAGAUCGAAACUCGAUUGUUGCACAUUUCACCGUGCGAGUUCGUCAUCGUCGGAAAUCUUACAAAGGGGUCUGACAAGCUGAUCCAACAUCUAUCGGGAAGCAGCACAAACGUUUUUGGCGACAAAAGCCGCGUCGAGCGUGUUCCUGCCUCCAAGACCAUGGCUGCCGAGGCCUAUUCACACGUCACGCAGUUCUACGCCGAGAAGCUACAACAAACCCCCGAUGCAGCAGCAUCCUCUCUCCUAGAUCGCAUUCUUCAUCUCCCUGAACCUGUCACCAUCUGUCUCUCAGCCAUGAUCACUCACCUCAAGGAGUAUGGCCUCGAGCACGUCUUCGACCUUACCAAAAACUUUACCAGCUUCUCUGCAAGGCAGCAUAUGCUCCUUAACGGAACGACACUGGAGUCGCUAGAGGUCUACCGUAAUGCCACAGACCACUCCGAACGGGGUUCCUUAUUCUGGGCACUGGACAAGACCACUACCCGCUUCGGACAACGCCUUCUCCGAAAAUGGGUUGGCCGCCCGCUCCUUGAUGUCUCUCACCUUGAGGCUCGGGUCGCUGCUGUCCAGGAGCUCCUCGACGAGCAAUCCUCCGCCAAGGCUGAACGUGUCCAAUCUCUCCUUUCCAGCAUCAAGACCGACCUUGAGCGUAGUCUAAUCCGCAUCUACUAUGGCAAAUGCACCCGACCCGAGCUUCUCUCCGUCCUUCAAACGCUACAGCGAAUUGCCAUGCAAUAUUCAACCGUCAAAUCCGUUGAAGAAACAGGGUUCACAUCACCUCUUUUAACCUCUGCCAUCCUUUCCCUCCCGCAAAUCCUCGACCUCGUUGUCUCGUAUCUUGAAAAGAUCAACCCCGAAGCUGCUCGCAAAGAUGAUAAAUACAACUUCUUCCGCGAAUCAGAGCAGACAGAGGACAUUGAGGAUCACAAAAUGGGCAUUGUGUCUGUGGAACAGUCUCUCGAUGACCAUCGAGCCGAGGCCGCUACUUCCAUUAAGCGCAAAAAGCCCGUCGACUACGUUACAGUCUCUGGCAUCGAGUACCUUAUUGAAGUUGCCAACACGGACCUUAAAGCUGUGCCAGCCUCGUGGAUCAAGAUCUCGGGCACAAAGAAGCUUUCCCGUUUCCACACCCCCACGGUUGUCCGCCUGAUCCAAGAGCGCGACCAGCACCGCGAAGCCCUCGCGGCCGCCUGCGAUGCAGCCUUCACAGCCCUUCUCCGCGAGAUUGCCGAUGCGUAUCAGCCCCUCCGGGACGCAGUCUCCUCUCUCGCCACCCUCGAUUGUCUCCUUUCCCUCUCCCGCGUUGCGGCCCUGCCAGGUUACAGCAAACCAACCUUCCUACCUAGCCAAACCCAACCCACAAUCUCCAUUACACAAGGCCGCCACCCCAUUGCCGAACACACCUUGGCAGACCCGUACAUUCCCUUCACAACGACCCUCUCUUCCCCGUCUCCUCUCGCCCAACUUAUAACGGGUCCAAAUAUGGGCGGCAAAUCUUCCUUUGUUCGCGCCGUAGCGCUCCUCGUUCUUCUAGCGCAGAUAGGCUCUUUCGUUCCCGCCGACGAAUUCUCACUGACCCUCGCCGACGCGAUUCACGUGCGCAUGGGCGCUCGUGAUAACCUCGCGGCGGGCGAAUCCACGUUCAUGGUAGAAGUCUCGGAGACAGCUCGCAUCCUCCGUGCCGCCACCCCGCGAUCCCUCGUCAUCCUCGACGAGCUCGGUCGAGGAACUUCAACGCAUGACGGCGCCGCCAUCGCACACGCUGUCUUAGACCACGUAGUUCGCGAGAACAGGUGUCUGACUCUGUUCAUUACUCAUUACCAAAACCUCGCACGCCUAGCAGACGGCAUCGGCGAUGGGCUUGUUAAAAAUGUCCACAUGCGCUUCACGGCCACGCGCGGGGCUGCGGUAGAAGAUAGCAAAGACCACGAGGAUGCCGAUGCUGAUGAGGAAAUUACAUUCUUAUAUGAAGUUGGCGAGGGCGUAGCCCAUCGUUCGUACGGAUUAAACGUCGCACGUCUGGCCCGCAUCCCUCGGAAAGUCAUUGAGGUGGCCGCACAAAAGUCACGGGAGAUGGAACAGGACGUUCGGAUGAGGAGGUUGCGCGGCACCGCACGUCUUUUGUCUGAUGUUCUAACGGACCGACCAGAUCAGCUCGAACAUCUUAUCUCAAACGUAGAGCAGUUGUAG